CAUGGCGAGCGAGCGGAGCGGGCAGGGCGCCGCCAACCAGCUGCCGGUUCCAUCUGCCCCGAGGACCACGCACUCCACGGUUCGCCCGUCGACGCUGCCCUCGACUGGCCCAGCCUCCGCCGGGAACAGCAGCAACAGCAGCAGUGCAGGCGCAGCGGUCAGCAAGGUCAAGAACGGGUCAGCUGUGGUGACGUCCGUCCUGUCAGACAACGGCCGACCCCACAUCAUGGCCCACGCGUCCCUCGCCAGACUCGAGGUCAACGACGAGCAGCUGGAGAUGGAGGCCAGGGAGCAGGACGCACAGGCGUCGGGGGCGGUGCUGGCUCUUGCCAUGGGUGUGUGCAUCACGGCCCUCCUGGUGGUGCUCGUCGGGUGCCGCCUCCGGGGCGUGCGGCGGCGCCUCCGGAGACACAGAGGCUCCAAGUCUCUCUACGCCCACGACGCCGACUACCUUGUUAAUGGGAUGUACCUGUGAGGAGGUCGCGGCGUAGGAGCAGAUGUUAUGACAUAGUUAUAAUCAGGAGCGUAACUACUGGAAGACUGGAGGCAGUUCCCCAUCCUGUCCUGGAAAGCCUACCACCGUCGGGCGUGCUCAGAGCAACGGCGUCACCAAUCUGCCAGAAACGGCUGUGUGAAGCAGCGCCAAUUCCAGUGUGUACUUUGACGAGAAGUGUACAUGGUAACAAAAUUGUAAAUGAUUGUGUCUCUUGUCUUUAUAUUGUUGAGCUUGUGGAGUGUUUAUGCAUAUGAUAUAUCCCUCAGAUCAAACCUUCAGUAAAAUUAUUAAGCAAAAUUAUUAUAAGACACAAUGAAUGUAAUAAUUUAGUUGGGUUUAGGAAAAUUCGGAUAAUUCUAACACCCGCAAAUAUAAAACACCAGUUACGCUCCUGCUUGGAAUGGUUAUUAUAAAAUAUUGAUUUUUGGUGGAAAGCAUAUAUAUACUAUAUAUAUUUUGAAAGAAAAGUUACAGGACUCAUAUCUUAAGAAUACGCCUUUUAAAACUACUUUCUUUCAAUUACUUUUCAAAAAGCAAAAUCUGGAUGCAGUGAUGACUCAGAGGAUUGUUGUAAAUACCCAAAGACAAACCCGAAAGUGCGCUUACAAGUCUUACUGGACGAUGCCGCAGCGUUGGUCUCUUGCGAUCGAAAACGGGAACACCAGUGUCGAGAGGACCCUGUUUCAGCCUCAAGGAACUUGUUAAAUGUUGCUUCGAUAGCUGCCUCACAGAACGUCUGGCUCUUAUGUAGUCCAACCCUUGUUACGAUGAUUUAACUGAUGCAUUUUACGAGCGAAGGGAGGAGGAGCGCUGUCCGCCACAGGGACGUGGUGAUUUAACUGAACACGAGGAAACCUUUCCUGACUUGGAGCACCACACAGCCCGACCUCGCCCGCCCGCCCGCGCCGCUCGCCCUCAGGCCACAGGUCGCCGCGCCGGACGCAGCCGUUGCGGGAAAGAUAUUUUGUCUGGUUUGCACUCUGCCAAAAGGAAGAUACGACCCCCCCCCCCCCCGUCCCUAUUCCUCUCCUUC